AAAAAAAAAAAAAAAAAAAAAAAAAAGAAUUGCAUGAACCCAGGAGGCAGAGGUUGUAGUGAGCCAAGAUGUGCCACUGCACUCCAGCGUAGGCAACAGAGCAAGACUUUGUCUAAAAAAAAAAAAAGAAAAAAAAAGUCAUGCAAAAGUGGGAACAGGUGACUCAGAGUCCCACCCUCCUGUGUUUAUAGAAGGAAUAUACUUAAAGGGCUGAAAUGCAAGGUAGGCAGUUCUGAGUGCCGACAAGGAUGGUAGGAGAGGAGACAGAGGGUCUGGGGAGGGCAGCUUAGCUCCAUCCAGCUAAGGCUGAGAAUGGCUGUCUGUGGAGGGAGUGGCCUUUGAACUGUACUUUGCAUGACUGGUAGGAGUUGGAGAAGAGGCAGUGCAGAGGGGCCAUUCCAGGUGGGGCACAGGGUGCACACAGGCUUGCAGGCGGGAGGAAAGGGUCGGGCAGGUGUGGGAAGGGGCUGAGCUCAGCUGGAGCAAGGGGUGUGUGCCAUGAAGGGUGGUGUGGCAGCUUGAGAAGGCCAGCUAGAGCCAGCAAGUAAUACAGUUCAGAAAUUCUUACUGUAAUGGAAAGACUCUUAAGAGCAUCUUUUGGUGUACAUUUGUUAAAAAAGAUGCCAGCCACUGAAUAUGCUGGCUAGUUACGGUUUUGUUAUAGUAUUCUUAAAAUGGUUAAAGAGGCCAGGCGCGAUGGCUCACGCCUAUAAAUCCAGCACUUUGGGAGGCUGAGGUGGGCAGAUCGCUAGAGCCUGGGAGUUUGAGACCAGCCUGGCCAACGUGGGGAAACCCUGUCUCUACAAAAAAUACAAAAAUUAGCCGGGUGUGGUGGCACUCGCUUGUAGUCGCAGCUGCUCAGGAGGCUCAGGCAGGAGAAUCACUUGAACCCGGGAGGCGGAGAUUGCAGGGAGCCGAGAUCAUACCACUGCACUUCAGCCUGGGGAAGAAGGAGGGGCCGGCAUCAGUGACGUCAGCGAGACCGAGGUGAGCGUGGGCGUUGCCAGUGGUGCUCCAUCAGUGCCUAUGGAUUAUGGCAGGAAAAGUAAAAUGGGUCACUGAUAUCGAGAAGUCAGUGCUGAUCAAUAACUUUGAAAAGAGAGGAUGGGUCCAAGUGACAGAAAACGAGGACUGGAAUUUUUACUGGAUGAGUGUGCAAACCAUCCGAAAUGUGUUCAGCGUUGAAGCUGGAUAUCGGCUCUCAGACGACCAAAUAGUCAACCAUUUUCCAAACCACUAUGAACUGACCCGGAAGGACCUGAUGGUGAAGAACAUCAAAAGAUACAGGAAGGAGCUGGAGAAAGAAGGGAGUCCUCUGGCAGAAAAAGAUGAAAAUGGAAAAUACCUCUAUCUGGACUUUGUUCCGGUCACCUAUAUGCUGCCCGCUGACUACAACCUGUUUGUAGAGGAGUUCCGGAAGAGCCCGUCCAGCACGUGGAUCAUGAAGCCUUGUGGCAAGGCCCAGGGAAAGGGCAUCUUCCUUAUCAACAAGCUCUCACAGAUCAAAAAGUGGUCCCGGGACAGCAAGACGUCUUCGUUUGUGUCUCAAUCUAAUAAAGAAGCCUACGUGAUUUCUCUCUAUAUUAACAACCCAUUACUAAUUGGCGGGAGGAAGUUCGACCUGCGCUUGUACGUUCUGGUGUCCACAUACCGUCCGCUGCGCUGUUACAUGUACAAGCUUGGGUUUUGCCGGUUCUGCACAGUGAAAUACACCCCGAGUACCAGUGAGCUGGACAACAUGUUCGUUCAUCUCACCAACGUCGCCAUCCAGAAACACGGGGAGGACUACAACCACAUCCAUGGGGGCAAGUGGACAGUGAGCAACCUGCGGCUGUACCUGGAGAGCACCCGCGGCAAGGAGGUGACCAGCAAGCUGUUCGACGAGAUCCACUGGAUCAUCGUGCAGUCCCUGAAGGCCGUGGCGCCGGUGAUGAACAAUGACAAGCACUGCUUUGAAUGCUAUGGCUACGACAUCAUCAUCGACGACAAGCUGAAGCCCUGGCUGAUCGAGGUGAACGCGUCCCCGUCUCUCACGUCCAGCACUGCCAACGACCGAAUCCUCAAGUACAACCUGAUUAACGACACCCUCAACAUCGCCGUCCCGAAUGGCGAAAUCCCAGACUGCAAAUGGAACAAGUCGCCCCCAAAGGAAGUCCUCGGCAAUUACGAGAUUCUGUAUGAUGAAGAACUGGCCCAGGGUGACGGGGCUGACCGGGAGCUGAGAAGCCGUCAGGGUCAGUCUCUGGGGCCCAGAGCAGGCCGAUCGAGAGACUCGGGGAGAACCGUCCUCACCACCUGGAAGUGACUCCCACCCGGACCUUAUCAAAACUACUCACUCCACCUGGGCCCCUGCUGAAGCCCUAUUUUGAAAUUUCCCUUUUGUAGAGCUUUUUUCCUUUCCUAAGCCCUGUAAAUAAAUGAAGGCACUUCUUUGGAAGGUUA